UCAAACUGGCAGGAAGUGAGGUGGGGAGCUCGCCCACAGCCCACAAAGACCUUCCUGGCUGCUCUAGACAGGGCCAAGGACGAGCAGCGCUGUGGCCCUGGCCUUUCUGCUUCACAGGAUGGGGCCACCGGUGUCCUCAGCCCCGCCAGCCCUCUGGGCCCUAGGUUGCUUCUCCCUACUCCUUUGGCUGUGGGCACUGUGCACAGCCUGCCACAGGAAGCGGGCUCAGAGGCAGCAGGCUGGGCUGCAUGGCAGUGUGAUGCCGGUGGAAGCGUCACUGCUGAGACAGACCCACCUCUGCUCCCUCAGCAAGUCUGACACCAGGCUGCACGAGCUGCAUCGUGGCCCAUGCUGCAGCACAGCCCCAAGGCCUGUCAGCAUGGAUCUCUUGCACCCACACUGGCUGGAGGUGUCCAGGAGUAGCACCAGGCCACAGGCAGCCCCCUCCACCAUCCCACCCCAGCAGCUACCCAGAGCUUCUCCUGCCACCACCUCCAUGGCCACCACAGUGCUCUCCGUUGGUCCUGAGGCCACCUAUUCCAAUGUGGGCCUGGCUGCAAUCCCCAGGGCCAGCCUGGCUGCCAGCCCUGUGGUGUGGGCAGGGACACGGCUGACCAUCAGUUGUGCCAGACUUGGACCUGGGGCCAGACCCGUAGUGGCUGAGUAUGCCUGCAUCCAGAAACGCAAGGGGACAGACCCGGGCCCCCAAGAACUGGAGAAAGGACAGGCUGAGGUGACUCCAGCUCCUCAGGUGGACAUCCUGUACUCCAGGGUCUGCAAGCCUAAAAACAGGGACCCAGGACCUUCCACAGACCAACAGGAUCCACAGGGUGGGGGAGCAAUUCUGGCUCCAAGGAGUGACUUGGCACAUAAGGCCAUCCCUCUCAGGAGCCUGGGCAUGGCCCAAGGUCCCCUGGAAAAUGUGUAUGAGAGCAUCCCAGAGAUGGGACUCUGAACUGCUGAGAAAUUACCAUGCACGUGGAAUCCACAGGCACCAAGGCCCCCUGCUUCCACCUGCCUCAGUGUAGGGAGGAUUUGAAGAUCCCUACCUGCCUUGAGUAUUCGGCACCUGUGUGCAUGUGACCCCACUUUGUGACCCCACGCCCCCAUCCCCGCCAAUCCAGAAGUCUGCAUCCUAAUA